GGUCCCAAGAUGGCGGCGCUGCAGGCGGAGCGCGGGUACGGGCUGUCCUGCGGCCGCCUCGGCCGCGGCACCCGCGUCUCCGUCUUCCACGUCAAGCUCACGGAGAGCGCCCUGCGCGCCUUCGAGAGCUACCAGGCUUGUAAGGAUGCUGUGACGUCAAAACCAGUCAUCCAGUUUCAAGGAAGCCAAGGGCACAUCGCGAUCCCGAGGCCCGACCGACCGACGGAAGUGAGGACCUUCACGUUUUACCUUUCAAAUAUUGGCAAGGACAGCCCCCAGGGGAGCUUUGACUGCAUCCAGCAGUAUGUAUCCAGCAAUGGCAAUAUCCACCUGGAUUGCCUUGGGAGCAUACAGGACAAAAUCACCGUGUGUGCUACUGAUGAUUCCUACCAGAAGGCGAGGCAGAGCAUGGCACAGGCCGAGGAGGAGACGCGCAGCCGGAGCGCCAUCGUCAUCAAACCCGGGGGGAGAUACGUAGGCAAAAAGGUUCAGGUGCGUAAACCUGCACCAGGAGCUUCCGAUGCUGUUCCCUCCAGGAAGCGCCCAACGCCAGUCAACCUUGCCAGUGCAAUAAAGAGAGGCAAUAGUGCCAUUUCUCAGAGACCCUUCAAAGAUAGGGUUGUGCACUUACUGGCACUAAAGCCUUAUAAGAAACCUGAACUUAUUCUCAGAUUGCAGAAGGAUGGACUUUCUCAGCAGGACAAGGAUUUGCUGGAUAACCUUCUGCAACAGGUGGCAAAUUUGAGUGCCAAGGACAGCACUUUCACACUGAAGGAUUGUGUGUACAAAGAAGUGCAGAAGGACUGGCCUGGCUACUCAGAAGGAGAUCAGCAGUUGCUGAAGAGGAUCCUGGUUAGGAAGCUCUGCCAGCCCCAGAACAGCAGCGGUUUUCAAGGAGAAGCACCUUCCCUGAGCCCUCCAAAGGACACGGUGAACUCCAGCUCUCCCCCUCAGAAACGAUCCCAGCCUCUGGAGUUCAUCGACCCCCUGGCCAACAAAAAGCCCAGGAUCUCGCAUUUGGCUCACAGAACCCAACCCACCUUCAACGGGAAGCUGAGCUCCUCCAACGGGAAGGACACCCCCAACGCCCCCCCCGCCCUGCCGCCGGCGCUCCCCCCGGAGUCGGGAAGCUCCUCCAGCUCCAACCUGCCGGUGCUGGAGCUGCCCCGGCCCCACGACCCCCUCUCGGAUGUGAGCAACGACCUGGCUCACAACGGCAGAGACUGUGAGAGCAGCGAGGCCACGGACAGGCUGAGCCACCCCCCGCCCACAGACUGUCCCCAGACCAGCAAACACAACUGCGGCUCCUACGUCAAAUCCAAGAAAAAAUCCAAAAAGCACAAAGACAAGGAGAAGGAGAGGAAGGAGAAGAAGGGCGAGGAGAAGUGCAAAGAGGAGAAGCAGAACUGUGAAGUAAUAAAAAACGCUGACUUAGGUAGUGUUCCCCAGGAACAGGUCACAGGUUUAAAUGGAACAUGCAAUAAUUCUAGUGUACCAACAUCAACUUCAGAAAUGCCAGAUUAUUUAUUAAAAUACGCGGCCAUUUCCUCCUCGGAGCAGCGUCAGAGCUACAAGAACGACUUCAACGCGGAGUACAACGAGUACAGGGACUUGCACGCCCGGAUAGAGCGGAUAACCCGGCGCUUCACGCAGCUGGACGCCAAGCUCAAGCAGCUUUUGCAGGGCUCUGAAGAGUAUAAGACCAUCCAUGAUCAAAUUUUACAGGAAUAUCGGAAAAUUAAAAAGACUAACCCCAAUUACAGCCAAGAGAAGAACCGCUGCGAAUACCUCCACAACAAACUGGCUCACAUCAAAAAACUCAUAGCAGAGUAUGACCAGCAGCAGUUUUAGCUGCCACCUCCCCUCCUCCUCCUCCUCCUCCCCCCCUGGACUGGGUAGGGCAAAACAAAAAAAAA